GCGAGGGUAGAAGCUGGGAAGAUGGACGGGCCCGGCGAGCACAGCCUUCCGGAGCUGGGCAGCCAGGACUCGAGACCGGGGGAGGACAUUGAAAUCGUAGUGAAUGUGGGGGGCGUGCGGCAGGUGCUGUACGGAGACCUUCUCAGCCAAUACCCCGAGACUCGGCUGGCGGAGUUAAUCAACUGCUUGGCUGGGGGCUACGACACCAUCUUUUCCCUGUGUGACGACUACGACCCCGGGAAACGCGAGUUCUAUUUUGACCGAGACCCGGACGCGUUCAAGUGUGUAAUCGAGGUGUACUAUUUCGGGGAGGUCCAUAUGAAGAAGGGCAUCUGCCCUAUUUGCUUCAAGAACGAGAUGGACUUCUGGAAGGUGGACCUCAAGUUCCUGGAUGACUGCUGCAAGAGCCACCUGAGUGAGAAGCGCGAGGAGCUGGAGGAGAUCGCCCGGCGCGUGCAGCUCAUCCUGGACGACCUGGGGGUGGACGCGGCCGAGGGCCGCUGGCGGCGCUGCCAGAAGUGCGUCUGGAAGUUCCUGGAGAAGCCCGAGUCGUCGUGCCCCGCCCGGGUGGUGGCCGUGCUGUCCUUCCUGCUCAUCCUCAUCUCCUCCGUCGUCAUGUGCAUGGGCACCAUUCCCGAGCUGCAAGUGCUGGACGCCGAGGGCAACCGCGUGGAGCACCCGACCCUGGAGAACGUGGAGACGGCGUGCAUCGGCUGGUUCACGCUGGAGUACCUCCUGCGCCUCUUCUCCUCGCCCAAUAAACUGCAUUUCGCCCUGUCCUUCAUGAACAUCGUGGACGUGCUGGCCAUCCUGCCCUUCUACGUGAGCCUCACGCUCACGCACCUGGGCGCCCGCAUGAUGGAGCUGACCAACGUUCAGCAGGCGGUGCAGGCCCUGCGGAUCAUGCGCAUCGCCCGCAUCUUCAAGCUGGCUCGCCACUCCUCGGGGCUGCAGACCCUCACCUACGCGCUCAAGCGCAGUUUCAAGGAACUGGGACUGCUGCUCAUGUACUUGGCCGUGGGUAUCUUUGUCUUCUCAGCCCUGGGCUACACCAUGGAGCAAAGUCACCCUGAGACCUUGUUUAAGAGCAUCCCCCAGUCCUUCUGGUGGGCCAUCAUCACCAUGACAACAGUUGGCUAUGGGGACAUCUACCCCAAGACCACCCUGGGCAAGCUCAACGCAGCCAUCAGCUUCCUGUGUGGGGUCAUUGCCAUUGCCCUGCCCAUCCACCCCAUCAUCAACAACUUCGUCAGGUACUACAACAAGCAGCGGGUCCUGGAGACAGCGGCCAAGCACGAGCUGGAGCUGAUGGAGCUCAACUCCAUCAACGGAGGGGAGGGGAAGCCCGGGGGCUCCCGGAGUGACCUGGACAAUCUUCCCCCAGAGCCUGCAGGGAAGGAAGGGCCUGGGUGGAACAGUCGGCUGAAGAUCUCCCACAGUGACACCUUCAUCCCCCUCCUGACUGAGGAGAAGCACCAUAGGACCCGGCUGCAGAGCUGCAAGUGAUUAGAGGUCCCAGGCAGAGAGCAACUGGGCUGGUGGACGGAUGGAGGGGGUGUGGUGGGCAUGGCAGCAACUGCCUGGGAUUAGCUCUCCUUUGUUCCCACUUCCCUUUCUUGUACAGAACUCUGAAGUCCCUCUUGGGGACCUCUGACAAGGCUGGGUAAUACCCCACUGCUCAGAAGCCUGUAUGGAGGAAGAGAAGCUCAAGAACAACAGGCUGAGGAUUAGGAGGUGAUGGGAGCCGGUGCCCAGUCUGUAUCUCCUUCAAUAAAGCCUCUUGCUCUAUGCUCCC